GGAAGUCUCACCGGAAGUCGUAAGGUUAGGCGUAAUAGUGUUUACUCUCGGUUGAGGACCGAGUAUUUUGUUGUUUAUUGUUUUGUAGUUUGCCUUCAGGGUUGAUUGAGGCGUCGAGUAGACAAGUAAUUAAACACUUUUGCUGUAUUGUAAAUGUGUUUAAGUGGAAAACCGAACUAAUUAAUUAAUUAAUUAAUUAAUCAGUUUCAGAGCUUCGUGAACAGGCUUCACUGAUUUAGCUACACGGCUAGCUUUAGGAUUCAUAACCCUGUGUGUGUGUGUAUAUAUAAAAAUAAAAGCAGGUUGUAGAUUGAAAUAUCCGUGUAAAAGUUGUGUGAAGAUGGAGGAGACUGCGGUGUGUGAGAUGUCUGACACUGACAGCGCCGUGGCUGUGAGGAAACCCCAGGAAGAGCCGAACAAGACGAAGAAAAGGCUCUUGGAUUUCGACGAGUAUUACGAGAGUAUGGAGCAGAUCGUUCAGAGGGACUUCUUCCCAGAUGUCACAAAGCUGCAAGCACAGAAUGAUUACCUGGAGGCCGAAGAGAACGGAGACCUGCAGAGAAUGAGGGAGAUUGCCAUCAAAUAUGGCUCAGCCAUGGCUAAAUACACCCCACGCACUUAUGUCCCCUAUGUGACACCAUCGUCAUUUGAGACUCCUGAUGGUCACAGCAGUUCUCCAUCCUCUUCACACAAUGAAUCCAGGACCGGCAGAGACACUGAGCUUGGAGGUGAAGAUGGCGGGAAAGAGGAGGAGCUCCCAUGUCUGGACCGUUUCCUGUCAGAAAACACGUGUGAGGAGCGUGCAUCAUUCAUGGAGAUGAUGGCUUUGACCCAGGAAAAGCAGAAGCGGAAGAACGCCUGGUUGUACGAGGCCGAGAGCGAGUCCAAACAGCGUCGAGAGGAUAAUCUGGCUGUGCCAUCAUUAGAGACCCAGGCUCGGGGGUGUGUGAAGGCCGGAGUAGACACAUGGGAGUACACGGUCAAAAAUGCCCUCAUGUACUACCCUGAAGGGGUGAAGGAUGAUACUUUGUUUAAGAAGCCAAGAGAAGUUAUGUACAAAAACACACGCUUCAACGUGGACCCGUUCUGUAAAGCCCUCAAUAAGUCACAGAUCCAACAGGCUGCUGCCCUCAAUGCACAGUUUAAAUUAGGAAAGGUGGGACCUGAUGGGAAAGAACUGCUGCCACACGAGUCUCCUAAAAUGAACGGCUAUGGCUACGAGAGAGCGUCCUUGCCUCCGUCAGCAGCAGUGUGCGAGUCUCCCUUGAUGACCUGGGGAGAGAUUGAGGAAACGCCCUUCAGAGCGGACGGCUCAGUCACUCCGCUCAUAGAGAGGAGCCAUGGCCCAGCAUUUAAGAUUCCUGAGCCAGGACGCAGAGAGAGGCUUGGGCUAAAAAUGGCUAAUGAAGUGGCAGCCAAAAACAGAGCAAAGAAACAGGAAGCUCUUCGUAAAGUCACAGAAAAUCUCGCCAGUUUGACUCCAAAAGGUUUGAGUCCUGCUGCUCUGUCUCCAGCUCUGCAGCGCCUCGUCAACCGGUCGUCUGGGAAAUACACUGAUAAAGCCCUACGUGCCAGUUAUACCCCCUCACCCUAUCACAGAGUACCAGGCUCCAAAACUCCUCUCACCCCCUCACAGUCCUUAUGCACCCCUACGCCAGGCAAAACCCGCACACCUGCCUCGCAUGACCCCGCCUCCAUCACAGACAAUCUGCUCCAGCUGCCAAAAAGGAGAAAGGCAUCCGACUUCUUCUGAGGACACCACUAAACACACAAAGGACAUCAAACACACACACUGUCUCCUGCUUUGGAUUUCUGGUCUUUAUUUACAAACUGAGAGACUCCUUGUCUUUAAAACCUGCUGACUACUUUGUCAGUUAAAGGUGUAAUAAUGAUUAAAGGUGUUUUUUUUUUUUUUUUGUACAGUUUAGCAAAAUGGUCCUUUUAUUUUUGAUGUUUUUAAACUGUAGUUAACUAGGGCUGUAAAUAUGAAUAGACUUUUUUGGAAUGACUGGAUGACUUAGAAGAAUAAUAGAAUAAUAUUCAUGUAGGGUUUGCUCUCUCUUAUCGUCAGUAUAAAAUUCUCUCUGGCUCUUUUCAAACAGAAAAGGAUUAUUUAUUGACCAUAUACCACUUCUGUGUAUUUGUGUGUGGGGGGGGGGUUCAUUUUCAUGAUUGAUGCUGUAAUUCAAGGUAAACUCGUUUUGAAUUUGCAAAAUAAUUUACAAAUAGAAAAUAUUAAACUUCUGAUUUCUUAAGUA